AUGAAGCUCUCCAAGAAGGUCGUCGCUGCUCUCCUUUUCUCCGCCGCGGUCCUGCUGUGCGGCGCCGCAUCUGUCUCCGCCGCAGUGGAGGUGGAGACCGAACAGCACCAGGCCGAGGUGGAUUCCGAAGGAGCGGAUGAAGUCGACCUCGCCGAUGCUGCCGAAGAUGGCGCCGACGAACAAGCGGUCGUCACUCCCCGCAGCCAGCGCAGCAGCCAGGUUCAAUCCAAAAAGGGUGCGUCCGGUGCCCUCAAGAUUGGCAGCGCUCUCGCUGCUGCUCUUUUGGCUCUCGGCGUCGGUUACGCCGUGUUGGGAGGCGAGUCCUCUGGUUCGGACGUUCCUGCGGAGAGCUCCGAGCUGGCCGCCAAGGCGACUGAUGCCUUGAACGCUGAACCGACCUCUCCCAAGGACAAGGCCACCAAGAAGAACUUUAAGAAGCUGAUUGCGGCAUUGGGAGGCGGUGCAUCUGUCGCUGCCGCUAUCGCUACGGUGUACUACUUGAUGACGAAGGGCGGCGCGGGCGUUGACUCCGACGCUUUGAACGAAGCCCUUAGUACCUUGAACGAAACCAUCAACGUCAACGGCACAGCUCCCGCCGAAAUUCCCGGAGCGCCUGCGAUCUAA